AGACAAGGAUUAGAAGGUUGAUUUUAUGUUUGAUUAUGUUAAAAUUCAAAUAACUGGACACCUAAAUAUUGAAGGAAGAGCUAUCAGACAACUAAGAAAUUUGAUUAUCCUUGGUAUUUGUAGGGCAAGUUGUGUCUUGGUAAGCAGAGACAUAUAUCCCAAACUCCUCCAACCUUGUUAUUCAUUCUGUAUUUGUAGGACAUCACCAUGUGCUAGUGACUUAUUAUUUCAUUUUCAGUGUUCAAGAAACCUUCUAUAUAAACAUAGGGAAUUUGACAUAAAUCAACACAAGGCUUACUAUCAAACCUUCAUUUCUUUCAUCAAGCAUCGUCUAGUCCUUUCCCUCUUGACAUCCAUACUAAGAAUACCAACUUAGAAACAUGGGUAUCCGCAUGCCUCGUAUUCCUCAUGUCAAGAAAAUCUUUCAGGGGUCUUCUUUCGCAACUACAGCAGUUUCAGACGUCCCAAAGGGCUGUUUGGCAGUUUAUGUUGGGGAGAGCCAAAGAAAAAGAUUUGUUGUUCCAAUUUCAUUCUUGGCUGAGCCUGCCUUCCAGGACUUGCUAUGUCAAGCUGAGGAAGAAUUCGGUUUUGAUCAUCCAGAGGGGGGUCUUACAAUUCCCUGCAGAGAAGAUGUAUUUACAGAUCUCGCCUCAAGCUUGAGAAGAAAAUCAUAGAGAAGAACAUGAUCAGUAUAAGUAGUUUAGAAAUUUUUUGUAAGGUAGUAGGAGAUAACUUAGAAUAGGUUGGACCAAAGACAUAAUUAUGCAAAUACUUUCUUCUGGUAUCUCAUGGAAUCAUUUUCAAUGAGGAAGAUCAUUACUUAAAAUUUUGUAAAUUAUUAAACUAUAUACAUCCCGAUAAUAUUUUUAUGAUCUAA